GAGGACGUGGCACAUGGGUUCACCGAAGUGGUGGCUCUAAGGGGUCCCACAGGAAAGCAUGAGGGAGAGAACACCCUCUGCGGACGACACCCCGAAGAGGGCACCACCGGCACCACCCAGAGAAGCCGCGUCCGCGGACGUAGCCGGCAGUAAGUCGAGUAGCAAGAGCGAGUCGGCGGAGGUCUUCCACGGCGCGAAAUUCUCCCCUGCGACGACGUCGACGCCGAGCGGGGCCGCGACGGCGACAGCGGCGUCGUCACCGUCCAGCGUCGACGCUAGAAUGGUGGCCUCCACGCACAGCCUCGACGAUCUGGGCGUGAGUCACCCGGCGAGCGCGAACGGCGACCGCCAGCAGCAGCAAGAGAAGCAUGGCCACGCUUACAGGUCCGCGCAAACCGCCCAGGACAAGAGAAGCAGGCUGAGCAACGUGAUAAACAACCUGAGAAAAAAGGUGCCCGACUCGAGGACCGGUGACUCGCCGAGGAAAGAGGAGGACGACAGAAACAGCGUCGAGAGGAACCUGGAAACUCUAGAAAAGUAUGUGAUGACGGUGCUGAACGGCGUGAUAGAGGACGAAGAGGACAGCGACAAGGACACUGGCAAUAAGAAGGAAGCAGAAGAAGGUCUAGAGCCAGAGAAACUGUCAGAGGAUCAGGAAGAUGAGGACUCGAAGGGUCCAGGAGCUAAAUUCGAGCCCUCCAAGCCCAACGAGAGUAGAACAGAGACUGCUGUCCUGCUGAUGGAGCAGCCUGAGCUACCUGAGACAGCCAGCAAGGAAAGCUUAGAGUACCAGACACCCGACACUGAGAGUCUGCAACGCUGCGAGGACUCUGGUUCCUUGGACAAACGUGGCGAGACGAGUCUGUCUACUGAGGAACUGAAGAGUGAGGAUGAGGAUCCGGCUAAGGGCUCAAAGUGUUCCAAAGAAGCAAUGGCUGAGGGGUCUGAGGCUAGGAAUGAUUCUCCUCAGGAAGGGGAGAAGAAGGAGAACCGGUCAUUGGGGACGAUCAUCCUGGAGAGGCUGAGCGAUCAUCAGGCUGAGGAGAAGGUCAACGUUGACCCUGUUGUCAAGGAGGACACCAGGGAGUUCGUGUCGGAGAACGUGGAGCUGAGGAACGUGUGCAGGGACCUGCUGAAUGAUCUCCUGAAUGGAAUCAAUCAGCUGAUCGACGAGAAUAGCCAGGAGAAGGAGGAGAAACCCUCGGAGAGCUCGGAGGAGUCUAGGAGCACCAGAAGUCAGGAUCUGGUGAUGACGAGUCUUCAUUGCAGCCUGCCCUUGGACAAGGUGGCUUCUGUUCUCCAGAACUGCCAGCCGAGCGAGCUGGCUGGCCCUCAGUUGCCCUCGUCCUCGACUCAGGGGGUCAAGUCCCCGUUCAAACCACCCUCGCCCACGGUCAGGCACCUCUGCCUCUAUUGCGACAGGAAGUUUCUGUCUAUAUCGUUGAGGCAGAGGCACACCGAGAGGGUCCACCAGCAAGGCGGCGGCAGGCGGUCAGAGAGGAACUCGAGGAGACCGUCCCAGAACUGCCAGUACUGCUCCGACAAGUGUGCUGAGAGUCUGGAGGGACUGUUCCAGCACAUGGUGGGCAGCCACGGGGACAAGUACCACGCCUGCGUUCAGUGCUCCACGAGGUACCCCACCAGGGAGACUCUGGUGAGCCAUAUGAAUGAGAACCAUGGGGCCAGUGUGGACAGGAACCUUCAGACUCAGGAGAAGCUGAAGGAGACCACGCCAGUUAAAGAGCCAGUAAACCAGAGCCCCAGAGAGAAGCAAGAACCUCCAAGUUCCAAAGAGCGAAGACCAGAGGAGCCCGAUCACGAGCACAGAACAGAGUCCAUUCUACUGAAGCCAGCAGUCCCUGCCAAGGAUGCCUUCAGCAACCCAGGCAGCCCAGAGUUCGACAGUUCGUUCUACAGCAGCGUCAGCUGCAACAUCAGAGAGAAUCUUCUGCAUCACUUGGAUGGCAAGCUGCAGAGCUCUUCCAACAUAACUUCAGCGUCCUCCUUGCCAGAGUCCAAGCCUCAGCAGCAACCACAGCAGCAACCACAGCAGCAGCAGCAGCAGCAGCAGCAACAGCAGCCACAACAACAACAGCAGCAGCAGUCGUUUUAUGAUCACAACAUCAGUCAGAUCCAGUUACCUAUAGACAUCUCCUUGACCGCUGCCACGCCUGUGUAUUCUAAGGAGUACAACGAGGACUACGAGAACUCCAGUGAAUACGCUCAGAAGCCUAGCAAGAGCAACAGGUCCCACCCCAGACGCGUGUCUUUCGAGAAGUACAAUUUCCCCAGGAAGUACGACGGCAAGGAACAGUGGACAUGCUCCAUCAAGGACCUCAGCAAGUUCGACAUCUCCACGCAGCUGUCCCUCAGGAAGAAGCAACAGCUGCUGAAGGAACGCGUCACUCUGCAGAGGAUAUCGCAGAUUCCUGUUCUCGGAGUCACCGACAUCGGUCAGGACGGUACUCAAAGUACUCAGGAGUCCGAGAACUCUGAAGAAGCUGCAGCGGACAGGAAAACCGUGGAAGUGGAUCAGAGUUUCCAUUGUGAUACCAAGAAGGAGUGCAAGCUCGACGUCUGCGAGGCAAAGUCUUCUCUGCUCACCGAGUUCACUCCCGAGUUCGGUAGUUUCCUCAGACUGCGGAAGUGGGACGAGAAAACGUCUAUCGAAGCGGCGAAGAAGCAGGAAGUCGUCUACGCUGAGCUGACUGGCGAAUGGUCCAGGCCGAGGAUCUACAUCUGCGGCGCUUGCGCUUCCAAACAUGUCACCUUGAGGGAAAUGGAGGAGCACAAAGCCUCGUUCCAUCCAAACGUCUGGUGCUCGCAUUUCGAGUUCUCCGGUGACCAAAGGGAGCUGUACAAACACCUGUUCCUGCCAGGGAAGGACAUGCCCACCGCGAAGGCGAAAACCGCCAUCUUAAUAGAGAAGGUCUGCACCAAGUGCUCGAGGAACUGCACCUCGUUGCCUGAGCUGCACAGGCACAUGCUGGAGUGCGGUGGCGAUCAGGCAUGGUUAUUGGGUCUGUUCGGAAAUGGGAAGAAGAAAUGCAAGUGGAGGCCGUUCGGCAGCCGCAGCAGGAGGAGAAGGCAGCGAGGGAUGAAGAGGAACAUACAGAACUCGCAGACACCAAGGGUGACCACCCCCAAAGAGAAGCAACCGACUGGUCCCAGAGUCAGACCCAGUGACCGUGAGAGUAUUCAGAAAAUGUUGGCCAAUUUACCGCCAAAAAGGGCCACCAGGAAGGUGAUGCAGGACAGUGCACUCAGAACACAGGGUAGACUCCGUAAUGUGCAAACCAGGUCGAGGCCUCGAAUGGUCGGCGACAAUUCCACUGCGUCGCGGAUGUCCCGGAACAAGGCGGUGCUGAGGAACAAGCUGUUGAAGAACGCGAAGUCGAUACAGCGCAACCGUUGCCGGAUCGACAACAUAUCCGCGGUGAUCGAGAGUGUGGUGAGGAACUUCAUCUCUGAGGAGAAGAGGUCCGACGACGAGAGGAAUGACGCCGCGAGAGCGGGCGUCGAAGAGGAUGCCAAAGAGAAGAGCGAAGGGGACGCGAAGUCGGAAACGCCGGGAGAAACGGCGGGCGCCAGGACGAAGAUGGUGAGAGGGCCCAGAAUCCUGAGCAAGAAGAGGAACAUCAAAAUGAAAGCAGGUAUCAAGAGCAUGAAUCAGGUGAGGAAGCCAGGUAGCUUGAAGGCGAGAGCCAAGGGAGCGAUGAAGAAUCUUCCCGAGGCAAAACCGGACUCCGCGGAGCCGGCGAAACCCUUGAAGAGCGUCAAACCGGCGGCCAAAGUCAGCGACAAGGAGGCAGAGUCGGAUAUCGGUUCCCCGGAGUCGUCGAAGUCGUCGGGUUCGCCUAAAGUCAAGUCGUCUGUCCAGACCACUCCGAAAAAGAAGAGGCCGGUGGACCCGGUGGCCUCUCUGAACGCCUCGAUCAAGGCCAAGUCGCAGCUCAGGAGCCAGGACGGUAAGUUCGCCAGGAAUCCCAACAAAAGUCCUCAGAAAUCUCCAGAAGUGAAGCCUUCAGUUCGCCAGAUGAUCAAGGGGAGGAUCGAAGCUAGUCCAGAGGCAGUGACGAGACCUAAGCUGAGGGUGCCUAAGAUCAGGGGCAACGACCAUGUGCCGAAGAGGAUCACCAGACUGUCCUCGGACAGCGACAAGAUGCCAACUCUGGAGCCUGCUGUUCAGAUAUCCUCUAGCAACGAGGAAGAUGCUCAGGCCUCGGUGAACGACCUGCCGAUUCUGUCGCCGGCUACUUCAUCGUCCAGCACUGAGAAGGUAUUACGCGGCAAGGGCACGGUUAAUAAGAACCUGGAGGACAAGGAGAGCCCUAGGAAAGAGGAGGAAAUCGAAGAGCCAGAGGAGAAGGAUGUAGCCAGCGAGCUGCCUGAGGAAGACGCGAAGCAGGCUAAGACUAGGAGGCAGAAAGGCGAUGCUAAGGGUCUGCUUAGCAAGGAUGACGCCAAGGAGAAGCCGAAGGUGACAGGGAAGGAGAAGUUCAAGAGAAAGUUCGGUCCAGGUAGGAACUCGAAUGCCGAAGAGAAAAAGAGCCCGGUGAUAGGGAAGGAUAAGGAUCCGAAGGUCAAAACGCUGGAGACUAGGAGCAACUCGAGGAUGAAGUUCGACAAGCUGAUCGACGUGGACGACCAGAUUAAGAUCCAGAACGUACCGUUCGAAGUGAAGAAGCUGAUAGGAUCGGACAACAAGGAGGACCUGCUGACCAAGCUGGUGCUGACGUCCAGGGCCAGCAGUUCUAAGCGUUGCUUGAGGCAGCCCGUGUCCAAGGCGAAGGAGGAGCAAGACGCGUCUGGGAGGAAGGAAAAGCCGGAUGCCAGGAGGAAGUCGCUGAGGAGCACGGAGAAGAAGCUGGAGAAGGACAAGGUGUCCAAGAGCGAUCAGGCGGACUCGGAAGAGGCGAGCAAGGUCGCGAAUGCGGUGAACGAGGUGAAGACAGCCAUCAGGGGAAGAAGAAACAGCAGCUCGGAGGAUAGGAUCAGGGCAGAUGCUGAAGAAGCCACUGAGAGCGAAAGCACUGGCAACAAGAGGCAGACGAGAGGUUCGCUAGUGAACAGCGACAGCGAUCAGCAGACCAAGGAGACUGUAGAGCUAAAUGACAUGUCCCUGAAGAAGAAUACGUCCCUUGGAAAAAGACGGGGUCGGAUCAAAUCCAGCAACGACAGCUCCGAGAAAAAGAAUUUUGAGGUUUCUCAGGCAAGAAGCGAGGAAGCCGAGAAAUGCACGGAGACCGUUGCCAAGGACAGUUGCUCGGAGAACAGUGAAGGGAGUGCUGAUAAAACAGCGUCAUUGUCGAAGGAGAGUAGUCUUAGCAAGAACAAGCAAGAAGACCUGGAAGCUCUGACCAAGAUCGUCCAGUUAGUGGACGACCUUCGAGAGCCAGGUGGUACGGACAACGCGAAGCAACAUCCAAAUCAUCGGUUGCAGCUGGAGACUGCCGGAUCCAUGGACAGCGGCAAGGAGAACUCCUUGGAGACCGUGGUUACCACUCAGAAGUUGAAAGUCGGCAGACCUAGGAAGUCCUGGGGGUCCAAGCGAGAGAGAGCCUCGAAGAGGUCGUUGAACAACGUGAUCGGUAUCCUCACAGAGGGCAUGAACAUUCCCGUGGAAACCCAGCAGAGCGUUGUUCUGACCGUUCAGACGAGCUUGAACACGGAUGGAUCUCUUCAGGCAGAAGAGCAGCAACCCGAAGACGACGGGUCUAGGACCUUGAGUCUCGAGAAAAACGAGAAAACUGAGAACAGUGCGGAUCUUGGUAAACCGGCCGACGAACCAGGCACCUGUGUUCAGAACCCUGAAGAGAAACAGUUGCAGGCUGAUCCCCAGGUUCCUGAGAAGGAGUUGAACGUGGAGGUUCCUUCGGCUAAGACUCAGCAGUCUGAUUCCAGUGCCAGUGACAACAGAGAGCCAGCUAAUGACAUCAUUCUAGACCUGUCGAGAAGGAAGCAGAAAGGCAAAGGGUCUUUCUUGGAGAAAAUAGUCUCUAAGAUAGCCAAGCAGAAGGAUGCUCUGCUGGAAGGGGAAGUUGGCUCCUUGUUGGACACAGCUGCUGAUGAGUUGACCAGCAUCUUGGACGAGAUGGGCCCUGGCCUGCCAGAGUCCGCGGAGAAUUCAGGGAACAAGAGGAACGCUGUUAACAAAAAGAGGAUUCAAAGUAGCAAGCGGCAGAAAGAGGUGAAGGUCGCUGAUAAGAACUGCGAGAUGACUCCUGACUCGAAGGAUGCCAACGAGGGAAAGGAGAAAGGAGUAAUCGACGAAGAAUUUGGUAGCAGUAGAAAAGAAGCGACAGAAUCCUCGGUUGGAAAGGCUGCUUCAGAUCAAAAUGAACCUGAAUCUUCCAUGGAGACUUCGGACAAAGGGUUGGAGCUGGAGUCCAUGAAGAGCGAGGACAAUACUGCACCGAAAAUCGAGGAGCCAGUUCCUGAGGACCCAGGAAUGGUUGUUGAAGAAGCCAAGUCAAUUCCGAACGGGGUUCUCAGCGAAUGUGUUCCAGAAUCUGGUACGAAUGCUUCGUUAGAGUCAUCCGCGCCAAAACAAGAGGACGAGUCGCCGAAGAAGGAAGAGGAGCCAGCGACGAAGGUGAACAGGAAAUCGAAGAAACGAUCGCUGGAGAGUAACUCACCAAAGAAGAACAAGAGGAAGUCUGUCGAGCCAGCGAAUGAUGCUGAAGAGAACGCGAUAUCCGAGGAGCUGCAUCUAGCCAAUAUCUUGAAACUGAUCUACAAAUCAAAGGAAGUGCCUUCUACCAAAGAUAACGUUGAGAACGAUCCCCUUGCUGAGAAAGUUGUACCCGGUAAGAGGAAAACACUGAACGACGAUUCUCGAGUCGAAGAUUCGUCGAGCAUUGAAGCAACUGAUGAUGUACAAAUGGUUAAGGAUCCCGCUGAUGGUGUAAAGAAGUUCAAACCGGAAAGUGAAACGAACGUUGAGAAGCAAGCAGUGAGUGAAGCAUCGAUAGGAGAGACUGAAAACUGCACGCAGAGCAAGGAAGAAGCUCCAGUGAACGAGGGUCAAGAGGAAGCCUCUGUGCUGCAGACGGCAGGGAAAAGAAAGUCCUCCGCUGAAAGCGAACCGGAAAUAGAGUCCCCAAUUAGACGUUCAUCAAAGAGGAGAUCGCUUGAGGAAGGAAAGGCGAGAGAUGAAGAGACAGCGUCUAAAGCUGUGUCAGAGGUGACUGAGACCACCAGAAGAAGAUCCCUACGAGCAAGAUGUAAUAUUCUGUCGAAUACUGAUGAACAAAUGUCGAAGGAAAGUCGAGAUGAUGUUAGCAGCAAUAGUAUGGCAGUGGAUGAUGCUGAAGAGGUGAAAGAUCCGUUGGAAAAAGUUGAUCCGCUGGUGGAAGCUGUACCAUCUGCAGCAAAGGAAACAGCUGGCGAAGAAGCGAAAGAAGUAAUCGGUGACACGGCUAAAGAGGAGAACAAUGAUAAUGUUGUACCGGAAAUUGAUCUGAUGGAAUCGCAGAAGACGAUUACUCCCCCACCGAAAGUCUUGAAGAAACGUGGUCGUAAAAAGAAACUGGUGGUUACUGAACCUGUAGCUGUCGAAGAAAGCACUGCGUCUAAAGUGAAGUCUACGGAGAUGGAAGCAGCUGCUCUGAAUCAGGUUCCCAGCAGGAAGUCUCUAAGGGUGAACAGAAGCACCGAGGAGGUCGAAGAUCAGUGCAAGAACUCCGGUGAAUCGCAGGUUGCUUCCUCGAGUUUGGAUAACUUUAAAGUCCCAGAAGUGACAGAGGUGCUGCAGCUCACCAAGAAAAGAACGUACAAGAAGAAGUCGACGCUCGACGAACACAUGGAGACUCAAAGUAGUCUUUCAGCUUCGGAGUCUGAAGCAGGCAACGCUGAAAGCAUGGAGGUAAGCAAGCUAAUGACUGAGAAAGAGGAGGAAUCCGAUAAUUCGUCUCAAAAAGAUCAACCCGAAGGUCGAAGACGGUAUUCCAAAGCCUCCAGUAGACACCAGACCUCUCUGGAGAGGUCUAGCUCCUCGGGAUCCAUUGAUUUGAUUCAGAAAAGCAGAACAAGGUCUUCGAAGCGCAAGCAGUUGUCGUCCGAUGAUCUGUCAGGGCAGGAGAGUCUGAAUCAUCGACCAGAAAGCACGGAUAACUUGUCGGAGAGCUCUUGCGUCAGCGAGUCGAGUUACUUCCGGAAGAAACGAUUCUCCAAGAAGAAGAAAGGUUUCGGGGAGCCCCCGGAGGAUGUUCAGACAGACACUUCGGUCACUGAUUCUGAAUCGGCGGACACUCACAAGAACACUGAUAGGAGACAGAGCUUGAAAAGGCGAGCCAAGAAGAAUAUAUCCUUCUUCGAGGACUUUGAAGAUUUCGACAUACCCAUGGACAUUCGGGACUGUUGGGAACAGGAAGACAGUCUGAGGGAUAUAAGGGACAUUCAGCAGGUUGUGGAGGAGAAAGUGGUCCCUGCGAAUGAGAAGGUUGACGAUGAAGUAAUACCAGAUAUCGUUACUGACGAGAAAGAGAAGGAAGGAAAAGUAGCAGAGAAGGAAGAAGCUACGAUAGAGACUGCAGAAUCUGUAGAACCUGUGGAGUCUAUGGAACCUGUAGAGUCCGUAAAACUUAUGGAGCCUGUAAAACCUAUAGAGUCUGUAGAACCUAUAGAAUCUGUAGAGCCUAUAGAGUCUGUAGAGCCUAUAGAGUCUGUAGAGCCUAUAGAGUCUGUAGAGCCUAUAGAGUCUGUGGAACCUGUGGAACCCAUGGAAUCUAUAGAACCUGUGGAACCUAUGGAAUCAGUAGAACCUGUGGAACCUAUGGAAUCUGUAGAACCUGUGGAACCUAUGGAAUCUGUAGAACCUGUGGAACCUAUGGAAUCUGUAGAACCUGUAGAAUCUGAAAAGUCUGUCGAAGAAGAAGAGGAAGACGAGGAAGACGAAGAGGUAAAGGAUGCGGAGAAGACGGAUGCUAAACUGGAUGACACUCUUCAGGGACAGGAAGACUAUCAGACACCCAAGAAACGUGCAGCUGGCAACUUUGUAGUAGUGCAUAAGAAGACAGGCGAAAUCCUGAUCGUGGAGAAGAGGAAGAAAUUAACGAAGGAGGCAGCCAGGUUCUUCUGCGACGUCUGCGCGACCAGCUUCACCAGGAAGAGCUCUCUGAAGAAACAUAAUCUCUCGCAGUCCCACUUAUCGCAAAUAGUCAACUCCAAGAAAGAGAAGGAGUCCAAUGAUAGCAGUGACGAGUCUUCCAAUACCGUCUGGAGAAAUGAAACGUCGAGUCAGAACGAGGUUCUCAGCGACGGCGGCAGAAACUUCACUAGUGAAUCAGUAAAUAUCUCUGAAGAGUGCAAUGACGAAGAAAGAAAGUCCAGUUCUCCAAUUGCUGUUACCAGCAACACAGAGGAUUUGGAUACUGUGCAAAGAUUGAACGAGGAUGUUCGUACACCAUCAGUGGAGGAGGAGCUGUUGAUUGAUUCUCAAAUGAAGCAACGUAUAUUGGAGGAUGAGCUUCUGGACGAAGAGAUCUGUAAGAUCACUGAGAACAUGAGUCAUGACGAAUACGUACUUACAGAACACACCAGUCUUAUACCAGAAUGCACUUCAACGCCUAUAAAAACGGAUGUUAUGAAAGAAGAUGAGGUGGACAACAAGAAGAAACACGAAAAGAAGAAGGACAAAGGCAAAAAGAAAAUCCUGGUUAACGAACUGCCUUUGGACACUUCUGAUCCCGAGGCACUCUUAGAUUCCCUUUCACUGAAUGGUCUGGACACUAAUGCAUCUUUGAAAAUUUCAGAGUCUUCGAUUUCAAAUAUUUUAGACACCUCAAUCACUGAAACUCUUCCACUGCCCAUCGAGAAUGAUACGAACAAUCUGGAAUCGAUUGAGAAGGAAGAACAGUUCAACAAGCACCACCUGGACACUGCUGAUACCUUCAUAUUGAACGAAGUUGAUAACAUGGAGUUAGAACCUGUACAACAGAAUGAACAGGAAGAAGAAAUACAUUGUCCCGCAGUCCAGGAAUAUAAUAUAGAGCAACGCUCAGCUGAGAGUGCUGAGAAUAUCUCAGAAACUGAUCAGAAUGAUCUUACCUCGCAGGAUACUCAAUCGCAUAAACGUCUGAGUCUAAAAUUAACCAUAACCAAACGUAACGAAGACAUUUCUAAACCAUCAGACACUAACGGCAACGAAUUGGAAAUUUCCAAGGACACAGGUGACGCUUACACUUCUGAGCAUCACGUAGGAAAAGAGCCCAUCGAUGACACAGAUGCUUUGAAACCUGAAGCUGAGCAACCUGAUGAAGACAUGCAUUUGGAUAUGGUUAACGACGAGCAGAUAAACGAUACAAAUGAGAUGCUCCAAGCAGAUGAAAACAUUAUACAGACAGGUAAUUCUACGUUAAGUGAUCCGUUCGAUCAUCAAAGUCUUCCCAUGGUUAUAGAAAAUGUGGAGAACGCUCUAAGUUCGCAAACCGAGUGUACCAAAGCCUCGAGGCACGGCAAGUCGAAGAGAGGCAAAGGUAAAAAGCACACGGAGCAGGCAGACAAUUCUCUUAAUUCAACCGUUAAGAAAACAUCCAAGUCCAAAGAUAAUCAGAGCAAGUACCUUCACAAGGAGCUCGCGAAACUUCCAGAGACUGUAAACAACCAGGAGUCGUCUGACAGUUUGAAAACUUCGACGCUAGAUGAAAGUGAAAACGAGAAACUGGAAUUCUCUUUGCCCGAGUCGCGUUUAGAGGAAGAGAUGCCCGAGAUUCAGCAGUGUAUUGACGCAGCAGACAAAUCCAACGAGGAGGAGAUUCUCGACAGUCGUGAAUUUUAUCCUGACAUGGAAACCCCAUCGAAGGAAUCAUUGGGAAACAAUGAAAUCUGCGACGAGGAGAAUGCAGUUAAGCCUUUCCAGGAAGAAGACGAAGCAUCGUCGUCCAGUCUGGAUGACAAGCCUUUGUCACAGGUUUUGCUGAUGGCAGAAGAAAAGUUCCAGACAGAGAAGAAGCAACAAAAGGAACUAAAGGACCCUGGGGAAGCAACAUCUGAGGACACGCCAGAAAACCGUGUUGCUGUUUUGGAUAACGUGAAACCACACGUUGACGCCGAGAACUUGGAGCUUGAUAACAAGGGUCCAAUGAACGCGGACGUGGCAGAACCUGAAAUGCCAUCUGAAGACGAGUCUGAGGUAAUGAAGCCAGCUGAGGACUCUGACAAAGACACGAAGACUUCGUUGGAAUACGAGAACACAGAGACAGUUUCCCUGGAAGCAAAGAAUAUUUCAGAAGACAAGGAAGUCAAGAUGAAUAAUGGUCGCAGAUCGAACGCCAGUGAGCGUCAGAAUUCGAACAAGAAGAUGUCGAAGUCCCACAAGUACAAUAAAGAUGUCCACCGAAGAUCCAAGAACAAGAAGAUGUCCCAGAGAACCAAGAUCGCUCAUCUGACCAGCGAAAGCGAGAUCAGCGACGCAGAGGACAAAAUGGACUCUCAGAACAAAAAUAAAAUCGUUAAGAGCGUGUUCGGGAGAGUUUUCGGCGGCGAGAAAACCGAUAAGGUUAAGGAAGUGUUGAACGACUGGGUGUCCAAGUCGGAAGGUGACUCGGACACGUCGAGACCUGGCAGUCCGGAUAAUCUGAAAGUUAAAGAAGCGUCAGAGGCCAAGCACGAGGAGAAGAAUAAGAAACAUUCGAUAUCCUCGCAUGCUGGUACGAAGAAACGAACAGGCAGGAAAUCCAGGAAGAACUCUUCCUCUGACAAGGUCAAGGAUGACAACAUUACGUCUGAGGACCAGGAGGAGCACCGUUUCAGCAAGCACGGUAGACCAAAGAGCUCUAACAGCAAGAAAAAGAGCGACACAGAAGCAUCCAACUACUACUUCCUGGUGCUGCCUCCCACGAGCUGCAGGCCCAGUAAAAAGAGAGCCGAGGAGAGGAUCUCCAGAGCUUUCGAGGAUGAUCCCUUCGAUACUUUCGGCAACAGGACUCAGAGGAACAAGCAGAAAGAAGUCAACUACGACUUGAGGAACCAAGGCAAGGAUUCGAGUGUCAAGGACAAUGGUUAUGCACCCUUCAACUAUGAAGACGACCCAUCGAAGCUGGAGACCUUAGAGGAACCCAUAGAAGGGGACCAGAAGCUGACGAGGAAGAGGAAAUCAUCUGCCUCUAGGAAAAGUAAGAGCAAGACCGAUGAGGAUGAGUGGAGAGACUCGAUGGAGAAGAAAACUGAAAAGAGCACCAAGGGUUCUGAGAAUGAGGAUGACUGCUCCAUUAAGGAUAUCCCUGAGGGAGACACAAUGUCCAAUCAAUUGUCUGUCGAUCUAGACUCUUCCAAUAGUUGCAGCAGUCUGGCUCAGAGCAAUGGAAGGGACAGGUCUCCCAGUAUAGACAGGAAUUCUCAUACAACCAGGGAUUCUGACAUCGACGAUGAAGAGGACAAUGAAGUUGAAAUGGGACACAGGAGGAUAUCUCCUCUGUUUGUCUGUGGGACACCAAGGAGUUCUAUAGAGAGCAGUUCCAACAGUGAGAACGAGGAGGAGGAUGAGAAUGUAGCUGACGGCGAGGUCGCAGCCAGGAAGAGAAGUUCCAGCGAGUUCUCCAGUGAGAAAAUAGUCAUCAGAUCACCCUCUUCCACUCAUAAGACUGAAAUGGUUACGAUUGCACCUACCGAUGCCAUUGAGGACAAUGCGUUGGAUGUUCCCCAGGAAAUAGAGGCUACGAAACCUAGGCAAGGGAAAGUAUUGAACUUUGAUGAGGAACUGUUUGUUGAGUGCUGCUCCAGGUUGAAGGCCACCACUGAGAACGAGCUCAGGGGAGCAAAGAAGAUCAAGUUAGACCAUAACGACGGCUACCAUAGGAAGGAGGAUCAGCAUCUAGGGUUCAGAGGUCCCAGAGAUCGGUGGAGGGACGUUGAAAGUCAGAACAGUCUUGGAAGUCUGCUAGAGUCCGUUAAUCAGUUACUUGGAGAGGAGAUGUACAGCACCAGGGAAAGGGGUUAUCAAAAGAGAGGAGGUAGAAAUGUAAGAAGUGAACACUCCAGCAGAUCAGCCAGCCCAGACAUGUCCAGAGCAGAUAAUCUAGGCUACGAGGAUAGUCUAGAUGUAGCAUUUGAACACAACAACAAGCUCAGAGACAAAAUCCAGCAACGUAUGAGGGAAAGUGAAAGUCUGAUAGCAAGCACUUUCGGCCACAAGAGCGACAACGAGACUGUAGAUAACGAACAUCCACUGAAAAACACAGAGCACAACGUUUUGAGGAAUUCUUACACUCACGUGUCAGAUGAAGGCCACCUGACUGUUACCAAUCUAUCGAAUGGUGGUUAUAGUGAUAAUCUACAUAUCAGAUGCCUGCAAGACCAAAAUCCUGGAAAAUUAAAUUUGGAUUCUUCAGGGUUCAAGAGCAAAAUGAACUCUACGCUAGGUGGUUUGUUGGAUAAAGCUUUGUCCAACUUACUCCAUAAUAAUGGAAAACAUGAUCAUAAUGGGUCGACACCAAUGAAAGUCCUAGCAGAGUUGGCCUGUGCCCGAGCCCCAACAUCCACAGCUGGAGACCCAGUUUCCCAGGAAGACAUCCAGUCCCCGAUAAAAGCAUCCUUGUUGAACAAAGAGUCCACCCCAGACUCGAUCCCACCGCCACCUAUCGCCAAGGAUCUCCAGAAAAAGGCCAGAAAUCCCAUCAAGGAACUCUUUGAGAGGAAGAAGGAGAUGAACGAGAGGAAGCAGCAAGAGAAGUCCAAGACAGAGGCUGCACUUCGAGAACUGAAUGUGCACAGACAGAGGAAGACCAAGAAGGCCAAGAAGCAUCAGGACUUCCCUCUGAUUCGUCGCGGCGAGCACGGAGGCCUCGUCGAGAGGAAGAAACGUCGGGACGGCUUUGAAAGGAAAGAGGAAUUCGUGUCGGACAGGAUAAAGGACGUGUACGAGUUCGACGAGGACGAGAGUCAAAUGGAAUCUAAUCUGGGUGGCGUGAUGUCCUACAGAAGCAGGCCAGGCUACGAAGUGAGUUGCUUGAGGACUAAGGAGGUGGAUGUAGCUGGGUUGAUGUCCAAAGCUAUCGGUGAGAGCCUGGAGAACGGAGAAGGCGACGCGUUGAGCUCCAGGUUGGAAUCGAUGAUCGACAGGAAGUUCAAGGAACUCGAGAAGUUCGCUCCCAAGACCAAAGGCGCGCUGAAGUCUUUCCAAAGUGAGGAGCAACAGCGACAGGUCACCGGUCCCAUGGACGAGUUCGUCGAGAGGAAACAGCAGAAACCAAAAAGGAUUGUGGAGCAGGGUUUGAAGCACUCGAAGCUGAAGAGGCGCAGCAAGAAUCCCAAGAAGCGGACCAGGAACGCCUGGUACGAGAACGACAGCUCUGACGAGUACAGGACUGCGGUGAAAGCUGAAGAUGUCGGUGUAGGUAUCUCGAAGAGCCAAAGAACCUGCUCGAAGGGGAAACAGAACAUCUUCGCGGAGUUGUACACUUCGUCUGAAAGUGAAUUCGACGACGAGGACGUUGAUUACGAGACGAAGAAGCAGAGGAAAGCAAAGAAAGGUGCGAAGAAAGUGAUAGAUUUGGCAAACAUAGGACAGAACCAGGAAAUGAUUGAGAAGUACUGUUCAGAGAACGAGGAGGACGAAUGGAGGGAUCAGAGCUUGAGGGAUGACGACCAUCAUAGCAAGAAUGACUGUGACAAUAAGAAAUCUGAGUCGGAAAUGUCGGAUCAACCUUUGGUCAUCGAUGAAAGGAAGGAUUCUGACGAGCAGAGGAACAGCGACGAAGAAACUGAGACUCAGUACGACAGAAACUUCGAGUUGGACGACUUGUACAGAGAAGACAGUUCUGUAGCUGACUCGGAUGUUGACGAGCCAACGAUUACGGAAGCCCAGACUGUCCUGGAGGAAUCUAAACCCAAGAGCCCGAGUCCGUCUGAAGAGAAAGCGAACGACAAGGUCGACUAUACGCAGGAAAACGAAUUGAUUCCACUAGAAGAGGCCUUGGACCUUCUGGACCAGGCUGAUCGUAAUCUAGAACAGAACUAUGACAAUGUGAACAAAGAUGUAGAACCGGUAGAGCAAAUUAAUCCUGUGACAUCGGCAGAACCUGCAAACGGACAGUUUGUUCCAGUCCAAGAAGCCACAGUGAAGAGUCCCAGCCCUGUGGAGGAACAGGAACAGGAAGAGGAAGCUGACGACGACGCUCUAGUUUUACCAGAGAAGCUGUCAACCAACGAGAAACCGCAGAAGGAGUCCGAGAACCUUCCCCUUCACGUGUUCCUCAGCAGAAAGGUGCAGGAGUCGAAGAAAAGGAAAGAGCAACAAUUGAAGAAGAUACAGGAGGAGCAAGAGAGGAUUCUGAUGGACUUCCAGCCUACCAGAAGACAAAGGAAGUGCGCUAUCGGCAAGCAAGGACUGCUGGCAGAAAUAAGCAGCUCCGACGAAGAGAUGAGCAUGAAGGACAGCAAGAAGUCCAGCGACAAGUCCGACCACGAGAAGCCGCGCAAACAGAAACGGGAAUCCAAGGAGAAGCGCAAGGAGAGGUACAUAGAAAAGAAGCACGAACAAAUGAUAGCGAAGGAACAGAAGGCUAUAGAAGAGGAGAUCUUGAGGGAACUCGGGAAAAAGAAGGAAUCACUCGGACAGAACACUGACGUCAGAGCAGACCUCAAUGACAAGAAAGAGUCGAAGGACCCAGAGACAGAGAACAAAGUGGUACCGGAGCAAGUGCAGAAGAAGAAGCACCAAGCGAAAGAGAAGCAGAAGAAGCUGAACAAGGCAGAGGUAGACCUGAGCACCAAGAAGAGCACCGAAGAACUCAGCGACGUUGAGAACAAUUGCAACAAGUCUGCUCACACGGAGAGCAAUCAGGAAGGUGACAAGCUAGAGUCUCCCAGCAAGCAGAAGAAACACUCGAAAUCGCCAGUGAAACCCAAGAAGACUCCAAAGGGCGAGGCCAAGGUCACCGUGAGUGGCAAGAAGGGUAAAAAUUCCAGUUCCGACAAGUCCAAGGGUAAGACGGACGCCAAGAGUUCAAAGGACAAGGAGCGUAGAUCUUUGAGUGGCAGAAGGGAUUCGGACGAUGAAGAACUGAAGACGACGAAGUCCUGGAACAAAGUCGAGGAGGGUGUCGGGGUGGCGAUUGGCCGACGAAAACGCGCCGCUGCCAAUCAGUUGUAUUACUGGUCCAGUUCGAGCGACGAGGAAGAAAUACUGGAAGUAGUUCCUGCAGUGGAGGAGGAGGAAGACGACCGGCAAGAGCAGCACGGCUGGAUCGUCGGGGAUUCCCAUAAAAGGAUGAUAACCAUGUUGGCCAUGGAGAAACAGUUGAAGGAGAAACGGAGGAGAAGCGAGGACGAGUUCGAACCUGGCAAAGCGAAGAGCAAGAAGCACAGAAACAGCACCUCUUGAUACGUGUUUCACGAUUAGGGACAGUGUUCUUCUGAUUUCUAAGUCACCUCGAUAUCCAUUGUCUAUAAGCAACACGAGAAAGUUAAUGUCAGGUGGAGUGAGCAGAGUUUAUCGACCACUAUUAGCAUCACCUCAUGUACGAUAUUUUGGAAAUCCUAAUCGUAC